CCCAGAAACUUCCUUGCUCAGUGUCUUCGUAGGAUUGUCUGUGCGUCCACUGUGCCGCGAUCCCUCCUGCUGCCCCUCAGCGCCGCUCCUUCGCGAUUCCUCAAAGGCUGCUCCGCGUGAGAGGACCUUGUCGGCUUUGCUUCCUCGGGCUUCUUCUUGAAUCUGUUGCGUUGGUUCUGUCAGCCUCAACGUAGACAAGAUGAGUAUCAUCAGCAGCAUGACCAGCUCCAGCAAGAUCCUGAGCCUCGUCAAGCGCGAGUCCUUCUUCGACGACUCCUUCUUCAAGGACUCCUGGGAGGACUUCGACAAGGCCGUCCAGAGCAUCCUCGACAAAUUCGACGACACUGGCCUGAAGGUCGACACCGGCUCCAGGUCCAAGUGCCGCGAUGUGUACAGCAGGAUCCGCUCCUCCAAGAUCGACGAAGACCUGUACGCUUCCCAGGCUCUCCAGAUCACCGAGAAGGAUGGCAAGUUCCAGGCUGUCAUGGACGUGAAAGAUUUCAACCCAUCCGACCUCCAGGUGAAAGUGGUGGACGACCGAGUUGUUGUAGAGGGCAAGUACGAGAAGAAAUCCGAAGACGGUUCAUCCAUGUCAUCUAAAUCCUUCUACAAGGAGUUCACGAUGCCCCCGAGCGCAGACAUCGACCAGGUGGCCACCGCUCUCUCCAAGGACGGCGUCCUCACAGUCAAAGCUCCCAAGAGGGAAGGUGACGUCGCAGCCAGGCCCGCCGGUGCCCUGACCAGCUCUUCCUCCACCUCCUCUUCCUCCUUCUCCUCCUCAUCUCAUCAGUCAUCCUCAUCCUCUUCUUCCUCCACCAUCUCUUCGACUAAGAAGGUGUCGAUGUCCUCCAGCUCCUCCUCCAGUUUCUCCUCCUCCACCAUGUCCUCCAACCUAGGCAUGGACUCCCUCGAUGAUAUGGCCAAGGACAUGAAAGACCGCCUCGUUUUCUCCCAUGAAAACGUUAACCUCAAGCUUCCUCAGUAAAGAAGUCCUUUGGCUGAAAUGAAAGACACUUUCUUGUUCCGGAGAAAAGUGAAGUAUAAAAAUAAAGAAAAAAAAUGAAAAAAAGGAAUAUAUCAGUCGCAAAUCUUGUCUAGAGUCUGUUCACGGAAUAAUUUCUAGGAGCAAAUGAUCAAAUUCAGUCACAUAAUAUUUCAUGCAACUUUGUUAACGAAAUAUUUGAUACUCCGACGUCACAUUUAAACUUCUCUCUAGUAAAUCUCUCACUCGUCUUCAUGCCGUUACUUGGUACAGUUAUUCAUUCGUGUAAUUACCAGGUGUAACUACAGUCUCAUGAUAAUUACCAGGUGUAAUUACUGUAAUCAGGUUCUCCUUUAUGAUUGUAGAGACCUGUAGCGCCUGUAAGUUCAAGGACACAAUACAAACUGAAACUCGGAUCCAUUUUUGAUCAGCGGGAGAAGAAACAGAAGAAGGAGAAGCAAAAAAUGGCCCGUAAAGCGAGUCAGAAUCUGGAUCUUGUCUUUGUGUUUUUAGUUUGUUUGGUGUUCGAGCGGAAGGCGAACCUCUUUCUUCUUGCUGGAUCAUUUUGUACCAAACACAUGCCAAUAUCAUCGCUUUCUUGGGUUGUCCUGUGAUAAAUCAUUCUAAUAAGAAGUUUAUAAGGAUUAAUA